AUGAUCCGCAAGCUUCAUGACAGCACGACGGCACGAUUUCUGGUCAAUGGUCAAUUAUCUGAGUCCAUGGAGCUCAACACGGGAAUUCGUCAGGGCUUCCCUCUCGCGCUGUUAUUAUUUGUAUUAGCGGUGGAGGUCUUGGCACUAGCGAUUACACAGGAUCCCGGCCUUACGGGAGUCAUGGGCCCGGGUCGUCAUCAGAGCGUCAUGUUUUUUUCAGCGUUUGUGGAUGAUUCGACGGUCUUCCUCCAGGAAACCCGACAGCUUCCACGAGUGCUCGACCUCGUGGCUACUUUUGGGAAGUUGUCAGGUCUUACAGUACAGCCAUCCGAAAGUCAAGUGAUCUUCUUGAACACGGUGGUGUCAGUUACCAGCUAUAAAGGUAUACCUGUUUUACAAUCGGGUGCCACGACUCGAUACCUCGGGCACCAAGUCGGAACUGGUGAUCUGGCAGACGCCAAUUGGGCUGUCCGGAUACGAACGGUGCAGAGGCGGCUUGCUACGGCGACCCGUCUGGCGACCAGUGUGACGUUCCGGGCGCAGAUUCUGAAUGUUAUUUUGUUGCCUGGAAUACUAUUCACUGCGGCAGUGUUUGACACGCCUGCUUGGGCGGACCGAGAGCUCCGUAGUCUCCAAAAACAAUUUCUAUGGCGUCACUCGUUAUCAACGGAGACAAGUCGGCACAAAGUCAAUCCGGGACUAUUAUACACGCCGCGAGCAGCAGGCGGCAUUGGAUUAAUCUCGAUUCCAGUGGCGGUGAAAGCGCAACGCAUUAAACAUGCACUUCUGUGGUUGACACAGCGGUCCGAUCGGUACGCAGUGGCCUGGAAAUAUUGGGAAUUUUCGGGGAUCUCUCUCACACGGUGA